CUUGUCAGAAAUGUAUUAAAGAUAUAGAAGCAGAGAUACAGAAUGUUACCCCUGCGAAAAAAAUGCCCAAAACAUUUAUUAUUGAUGGUGAAGGCAAUAUUGGAGAACCCAAUAUCGAAUACCGUAGGUCAGAGACGUUUCUAAUUGAUAUUAUGGAAAAUAUUUGCGACAGAAUGGAUAACGCAGUCAAAGUUAAGCAUAAAACAACCGGGGAAAUGAUGCUUUUCACUCUGGCUCUAGCUGAUGGAAAAAUGAAUCCACUUAUCAAUGAUAUUGAUAUACCAGAGGAUUCUGGUCUGGGUAAUAAUCCCAAAAUGUAUUGUGAAGACAUGAUGGAUAAAUAUGGCGAUGAAAUACUAGAGUUAUUCAAAGUUGAGGAGAAUUUGGUAGAGAAAAUUUGCACUACUAUAACAAAUUUUUGCCCAACACCUGAAAAAGUAAAAGAAGAACUCUAAGGAAUGAAUGCUUUUCAAACGUUCCAAAUGACUGAUUUGGAAGGAAUAUGGAGGCACUUUUAUACUUUUUUGCAAGAUUUAUUGUGCAUUUACAAUUUCAUGGAUGAUGUAGUUGAACCAUGUUCAUAAACUACCGAAGUAUUUUGAAAAUUGUUAUCAAAAGUCAAUGAUUUUGAAGUAUUUUAUUUUUAAGUUUGUCAGAAUGAUACUGUUUUAUUCCUCAUAUUAUAUUUGUAUUGCUUCUAAAUCGUCCCUACAAUGUGUUUGUUUUGGAAAUAAAAAUUACAAUACAG